AUUUUAUAAGAUUUUGACCUUCAUUAUUGAAAAAUGCAAUUUAAUCUCCCUGGAAUGAAGCCGACAUAGCCCACAUUCAUGCACUUUACUACUUACUCACGAAACUAUAAUGUCCAAGAACAACCACUCACGAAUGCCUAAAGUUAUAUAUGUGCACCAUCAUUCUCUUACUCCCUUGCCACUCUCAAAGUUCCCCAAUCAAGAAAACGAAAAAACAAAGAACCCCACAUUUUCCCUUGUAAUAAUCAGUUAAAGAGAUCAUGCCGGGAAUAUCAUUAGAUUUUGAGCUAAAUUUUCUUGAUACCAUGCAGCAUUUCUUCAAUGAUCCUGACUUUUCCCAAAUAUAUUCAGAAUUAAACACAUUCAAUAACACCUUCCCAACCCCUAGACACUCAAUUUCUGAUCGAAACACCUCAUUUCCACAAAACUUUGUUCAAGAAAAUCCAGAUAUCCCAAUAUUGCAAGAGAAGACAGAAAAUAAGGAGCCAAUACCAUUGGAGAGGAAAAAAUACAAAGGGGUGAGGAGAAGGCCAUGGGGAAAAUAUGCUGCAGAAAUGAGGGACCCCGAAAGAAAAGGUGCUAGGCUUUGGCUAGGGACUUAUGAGACACCUGAGGAUGCAGCAUUAGCUUAUGAUAGAACCGCAUUUAGGCUGCGCGGUUCUAGAGCCGUACUGAAUUUUCCGCACUUGAUUGAAUCUAAUGUAACGGAGAUUAAUAGAGUGAGGCCAAAGAGACGUCCGCGUUCGCCUGAUAUUUGUUCGUCUAAUUCGGAGUCUUCUUAUUUUUCGUUGGGAGAUCAGAAUUGUAAUAAUACUGAUUCAGGGCCGAGUUCGAAGAGAAGAAAUGUUGACCUGAUUAAUAGCUUAGCUACAGCCAAUAAUUUGGAUGGUCAAAGUAUCGUGGAGAGAUUUUUGACGUCCAAUUUUUUUUUGCCUGAAUGAAUAAGAAGUAACACUUAAUUACAUGCGGCUAUUAUUACUGUAAAAGAAACAAAAGGUAGAAAUCGUCGUUCAGAACAAGGCUGAGCGUCAUCAUGAAAAGUCCUUAGUACUCGACACUCAAGUAGCUGAUCAUAAAUUCAAGUUUUAGAAUUCUUUUAUUUUUUUCUUUCUCGUGUCUUUAAAUGCAUUUGUGCUCCAAGGAUAUUAAUUUGUAUUUAUUUAUACUACUGAUGUAAUUCAUAUAUAACAGAU